GUAUUUUUUCGCUAUUCGUUAAGAUAUUACAUCAAAAUCGAUUAACUUGUUUGCCGAAAAGAAUUGUGCUUUUGGAGGACUAUGCAAUAAUACGUCUAGUUUUAUUACGAGAAUAGCGUUAUGCUAAAGCUCAGUAGGCUAUGCUCAAGCAUUUCAUAUGAUCAAGGGCCCAAACAGUCGCGACGUUACGUCCCUUCUCGCUAACCUUCGAACCGGUCAUGUGUGGACCGUCUAGCAAAAUCCUAUAGAUUACGGAAUCAUUUCAACAAGUUGCUACAUUACUGCACAUUUUGUGCAUGAUCAUGAAUAAAAGAAAGUCAAGAACACAGACUGAGGCAAAAGCCAGCAAAAAUAUCAGAUUAACAGAGAAGUGUUCAGUGCAGGAUGAAGAUUUUGAGGAUGGAGAAAGUCUGGAGGACCAUCCAUUCUCCACUUCGAGUUUGGGAGAUAUUGGUGUCAUUGAGAGCAUUACACUGAAGAACUUCAUGUGUCAUCAAAACCUCGGUCCAUUCCAGUUUGGCCAGAACGUAAAUUUUAUCGUUGGAAAUAAUGGCAGUGGGAAAAGUGCAAUCCUCACUGCCCUUAUCGUUGGUCUUGGGGGGAAAGCCACCAUGACAAAUCGGGGUGUUUCACUGAAAGGAUUUGUUAAAAAUGGAGAGGGCCAUGCAGAUGUUACUGUGAAGCUACGUAACAGAGGCUCAGAUGCUUAUAAGGGAGACGUAUAUGGAGACUGCAUCAUUGUGGAACAGCGCAUCACCAAUGAUGGGUGCAGGCUGUGUAAGAUAAAGAGUAAAGCAGGACAAAUUGUCUCCAACAAGAAGGAGGAGUUGAUGUCUAUUUUAGAUCAUUUUAACAUCCAGGUGGAUAAUCCAGUCUCAAUACUGAACCAAGAGAUGAGUAAGCAAUUCCUCCACUCAAAAAGUGAAGCAGAUAAGUACAAGUUCUUCAUGAAGGCAACACUGUUGGAGCAGAUGAGGAGGGAUUAUAUUCACAUCAAGCAGACUGAGGAUGUGACGCGGGACCAGGUGGAGCGGCAGGAGGAGUGUCUGAAAGACCUCAAGCAAGACUAUAUGCUUAAGAAAGAGAGAUAUGAGAGUUUGGCAUCCCUCGACGAAAUUAAAAAGACCCUGGAGGGGCUGCAGAGGAAGAUGGCCUGGUGUCUGGUCAGAGAGAAAGAGUGGCAGAUUGAUCAGCUGAAGGAACAGAUUGAGAAAGAGGAGAGUAAUGGUAAAUUCGAGGAGAAGCUUGUCCUUUGCCAGUCCAAAGUCACCCAAGCUACAAAGAAGGUCAGUGAUAUCCAACAGAAGCUGGAGAAGGUACGUGAGGAGGAGCAGUCCCUGGCUGAGGAGAGCCACAAGCUGAAGGAGGAGCUGAAGGUCAAAAGUAAAGACCAGAAAGGUCAAGAGGUUGUGUACUUUCGAGCAGAAAAUAAACUCAAGCAAUUGGAAAAAGAGCAGUGCCUUCUCUCAGAGAGAAUACACAAAAUCAGACAUCAUGAAAGUCAGAAUCAGGAAGUUGAACGCAUCAAACGCCUAAAGAAGAUGGCUGCCCUGAAGAAGCAGCUGGAAAAACACGAAGCCCAAUCAGUCGCACUGAAUCAAGAGAUAAAGGAUAAGCAACAAGCUCUCUUCAAAGGAAGAGAGGAGUAUGACAAGCUCAGCAUGGAGGAGAAGAAUAUUAAGGUGGCCUUGGAAGCCAAACUGAAGAGGAAGAACCAGCUGCUGGCCAGCAGGUCCAACAGGCUUAGGAUGUUUGGGGAGCGAAUGCCAGAGUUGAUAGAGUCUAUCAACAAGGCACAUGCCCAGGGACGCUUCACACACAAACCUCUUGGGCCCAUAGGGGCCUGCAUCACCCUGAAAGACCCCAGUUUGGCCGUUGCGGUGGAAAGCUGCUUACGUAAUUUCAUGAAGACGUUCUGCUGUGACAACUUCAAAGAUGAAAGGGUCUUGGAGGAGCUCAUGGCCUCACACUUCCCCCGGUACAGUCGACCGCAAAUUAUUGUGUGCCCCUACUCGGACAAAGUUUACAACGUCCAGGGCAGAGGAGUGAAGCACUCAGAGUUUCCAUCUGUCCUUGAUACGCUAAACUGCUCCAACCCUGUGAUCACCAACUGCUUGAUAGAUAUGAGGGGGAUUGAGUGCAUCCUUGUCAUCAAAGAUAAAGUCACGGCCAGGAAAGUAAUGCAGCAGGGCAGGCCACCUCGUAACUGCCGCGAGGCCUUCACUGCGGAGGGAGACCAAAUCUACACCAACCGCAUCUACGUCCCAGAAAGGGAGGUGCUUGUCAAGUACCUGGGAGGAGACCCCGAGGCAGAAAUUCGUAUGGUGGAGUCUGAGGUGGAGAACCAUCGAGCUCAGCUGUCCCGCUUCCAGCUCCACCUGAGCUCUGUCAAGCAGGACAUCCAGGCCAUGGAGGACAAAAUGAAUAGUGUCAUCAUCGCAUGCAAGAAGAACCAGGCAAGUGUCAAUCAAGUGAAGGCUUCCAUAUCUGAACUGGAGAACAUUGAGGAGUCUCAAAUAGAGGACAUUAGUACCCUGGAAGAAGAAGCCCAAGAAAUUCAACAAAAAAUUGACUUGGAAAGAAAGAAUGUGGAGGAGACCAAGUCUGAACUGGACAAGCAGGAUAAAGUUCUGUUGAAUGUCGAUCGUAAGUUUCAAGACGUCAAGAAUAAAAUGGAACAGCUUACUGACUACUCUGAGCAACUGAAGGAAGAUCAAGUGAAGGGGGAGUCAGAGUGCAGCAAGCUGGAUCAGACCCUGAAGAUCCUGGAGAAGAAAGCCAGGGUCCACGAAGAAAAUAUCCAGACCAUGAAGAAUGAGCUCACUGCCAAAGAAGAGGAGAUUCAGGAAUACAUAGAGAAGGCCAAAGAAAUCAGCCCAGAGCGGCAAACGGUAGACCGGAGCACAAAAAGUCUCGACACAGAGAUCACACGCCUGCGACAGAAAAUCACCGCGCAGGAGCGUAGCCAUGGAGACAAGGAGAAAGUAAUCAGAAAUUAUGCUGAAGCUCAUGAAAAUUACAAGAGUAAAUCCAGCCAGCUCAGGGAUUUGAAGAAGUUCAUUGAUCGCCUGGAUAACAUCAUGACCGACAGACAAGCUCGUUACAAAACUCUUCGAAGGUCACUCUCUGUGAGGUGCAAGCUGUAUUUCAACAACUUCCUCAUAAAACUGCAAUGCUGUGGCUCCAUGAAAUUUGACCACAACAACGAAACCCUCUCAAUAUCAGUGAAACCCCCAGGUCAGGAGAAUGACAGUGUGAGUGACAUGCGGUCUCUGUCAGGUGGGGAGCGCUCCUUCUCCACCGUCUGCUUCAUCCUGUCGCUCUGGGAGAUCACGGAGUCGCCCUUCCGCUGUCUGGACGAGUUCGAUGUCUACAUGGAUAUGCACAAUCGCCGAAUCUCACUGGACCUGCUUCUAGAACUUUCUGAGCGUCAGCAUCUGCGCCAGUUCAUCUUCAUUACACCCCAAACCACCAGCAAUCUCCCCAAAAGUGAUCACAUCAAAAUCCACCAACUGGAGGACCCGGAGAGAGACCGCAUCCAAGAGGAGGAAGCAACACCAAGGCGCCAGAGUUGAGAAUGAAAGAGAAUAAAUGAGCAUGAAUACUGUUUUUAUACCGCAGACAGGAUGAUGGGCUCUCAUGUGAUGGCGGAGAGGUAACACUGGCA